CAUGUGGAUAUGCUUUACAAUUCCUUAUUACUCAUUUUAUAUUUGAUUUUAGAUACCUAAAAAUUAUAAAAUUAUCAAAGGAAUAAGUUAUAAGAGAGAGAAUCAUCAAAAUUCUCUUCAAAGGUUCAAAUGGCAGCCUCUAUGAUGACCACUCUUCCUCAAUUCCAUGGCCUAAAGCCCCAAUUCUCUUCUGCUCCUGUAAAAUCCCUGGCAGCAGUUCAACCCAUAAGGCGAAAGGGAAAUGGAGCUUUGGGCACUCGAAUGGAUUUCAUUGGUUCUCCCACAAACUUGAUAAUGGUGACAAGUACAAGCCUAAUGUUAUUUGCUGGGAGAUUUGGGUUGGCACCAUCAGCAAACAGGAAGGCGACAGCAGGAUUGAAGCUUGAAGUGAGGGACUCUGGUUUGCAAACUGGCGACCCUGCUGGUUUUACUCUUGCUGAUACCUUGGCCUGUGGUACUGUUGGGCACAUCAUUGGUGUUGGUGUUGUUCUUGGCCUUAAAAACAUUGGUGCCCUCUAAAUUAACAAUCAAAUAUUUUCACCUUCUCUAUUAAUUAUCUCUCUUAAUUA